AUGCGCCCCUGUACCGCCUCCUCAUGCUGCUGCCAGGCCCGUAAUCUGCCAUGGGCCCCUGUACCGACUCCUCAUGCUGCUGCCAGGCCCGUAAUCUGUCAUGGGCCCCUGUACCGCCUCCUCAUGCUGCUGCCAGGUCCAGAGUGUGUCAUGGGUCCCUGUACGGCCUCCCAUUGCUGCUGUCUCUAUCGCCACACUCUGCCAUGUGCCACUUUCAGGUCUCCUCACACUGCUGGUGGUUUCCAUUUUUGUCAUAGGGUGCUGUAUGGCCUCCCAUUGCUGCUGCCUCCACCGCCACACUGUGGCUCCACACUCUGGUUUUGGCCCCGUGACUGCCCAAAUGAGUGAAGUGUGCGGUGAUUCUAAGAUCGACGGCACUCAUCUAUUUAAAUUAAAGGUACAGUGUUCU